GGUCGAUGUACUGGGGACUAUAAAAUUUUUAAGGGAAAUUUUGUGAAUUCAUAAAUCGACGUCAAAAACUGUCAGAUCUUACAUCAUCUUAAUAUUAUGUCAAACGGUCGCCAUAUUUGUGUUUGCGGUAGAGAACAUGGAAAGGGUCCCGUUAUAAUUACAAUAUCAACGUGCAAACACAAAGAUUCUGCAAACGGCGGAACGUCCGUUCACGUAUCGGCCCCACCAAAAGCAACAGAUACAAAAUCUAUAACAUCAAGUAUAACUUCAGAUGACAGACAAAAGUCUUCAAUUCGAUCGGGUGCAGCCGGAGCGUCUUCAAGCUCCAGGAAGUCGGUUGCUAUUGGAACAGAAGGUGAAAAAGAAAGUUCAAAAGAGGAUAAAGAAACAGCUUGGUUUCCAAACGAUGGAGGAGAAAUAGAUAAAGCUGAGGGAGAUGUUUCAAUUGAUUCAGUUUAUUUACAAAAAAAGUAUAAGGAAACCCGUUAUAUAGAUGAAGAUGCAGUUAACACAACUACACCUGAAAUCGAGAGGUCAAAGGAAGAUAUAAAAACAGAAACAGCAUCAAAUGAGGAUGAGGCAUCGAACGGAACGCCUUCGGCUCCGUCGAGUGCAGUCGAAACGUCUUCAACUUCCAGGAAGUCGGUUGAUAGUGAAACAGAAGUUGAAAAAGAAAGUCCAAAGGAGGAUAAAGAAACAUCUUGGCUGCCACAAGGUGGAGGACAAAUAGAUAAAGAAGAUGAAGAUGCACUAGGAAGAAGUACACCUGAGAACGAGAGAUCAAAGGAAGAUGUAAAGACUGUAGAAUCAACACCAACACCAUCAAAAGAGGAUGAAGCAUCGAUCUACGUACCAGCACUUGAAGAACCACUAGAUGAAACUCAAAGAUCCGGAAUGCCUCCGGUCCCAUUAGAUGCAGUCGAAACGUCUUCAAGCUCCAGAAAGUCGGUUGCUAGUGAAACAGAAAGUGAAAAAGAAAGUCCAAAGGAGGAUAAAGAAACAUCUUGGCUGCCACAAGGUGGAGGAGAAAUAGAUAAAGAAGAAGAAGAUGCAGUAAAACCAAGUUCACUUGAACACCAGGAGUCAAAGGAAGAUGUAAAAACUGUAGAACCAGCACCAACAUCAUCAAAAGAGGAUGAAGCAUCGAUCUACGUACCAGCACUUGAAGAACCACUAGAUGAAACUCAAAGACCCGAAAUGCCUCCGGUCCCAUUAGAUGCAGUCGAAACGUCUUCAAGCUCCAGAAAGUCGGUUGCUAGUGAAACAGAAAGUGAAAAAGAAAGUCCAAAGGAGGAUAAAGAAACAUCUUGGCUGCCACAAGGUGGAGGAGAAAUAGAUAAAGAAGAAGAAGAUGCAGUAAAACCAAGUUCACUUGAACACCAGGAGUCAAAGGAAGAUGUAAAAACUGUAGAACCAGCACCAACAUCAUUAAAUGACGAUGAAGCAUCGAUCUACGUGCCAGCACUUGAAGAACCACUAGAUGAAACUCAAAAAUACAGGACGCGUUUGGUUUCAUGGGGUGCAGUCGACACAUCUUCAAGUUCAAGGAAUUCGGUUGCUAGUGGAACAAAAGGUGAAGAAGAAACUCCAAAGGACGAUAAUGGUGGAGGAAAAAUAAAUAAAGAAGAUGGAGAUGCAGUAGAAACAAGUAUAGCUGAAAAAGAGAGGUCAAAGGAAGAUGUGAAAACUGUAGAACCAACACAAACAUCAUCAAAUGAGGAUGAAGCAUCGAUCUACGUGCCAGCACUUGAAAAACCAGUAGAUGAAACUCAAAAAUACAGAUCGCGUUCGGUUUCAUGGGAUGCAGUCGACUCAUCUUCAAGUUCACGGAAUUCGGUUGCUAGUGGAACAAAAGGUGAAGAAGAAACUCCAAAGGACGAUAAUGAUGGAGGAGAAAUAGAUAAAGAAGAUGAAGAUGCAGUAGAAACAAGUACGCCUGAAAAAAAAAGGUCAAAAGAAGAUGUGAAAACUGUUAAACCAACACAAACAUCAUCAAAUGAGGAUGAAGCAUCAAUCUACGUGUCAGCACUUGAAGAACCCGUGGAUGAAACUCAAAAAUACAGAACGCGUUCGGUUUCAUGGGGUGCAGUCGAAACAUCUUUAAGUUCAAGAAACUCGGUUGCUAGUGGAAGAACAGGUCAAGAAGAAAUUCCAAAGGACGAUAAUGGUGAAGGAGAAAUAGAUAAAGAAGAUGAAGAUGCAGUAGAAACAAGUAGACCUGAAAAAGAGAGGUCAAAGGAAGAUGUAAAAACUGUAGAACCAACACAAACAUCAUCAAAUGAGGAUGAACCAUCGAUCUACGUGUCAGCAGUUGAAGAACCAGUAGAUGAAACUCAAAAACACAGAACGCGUUCGGUUUCAUGGGAUGCAGUCGAAACAUCUUCAAGUUCAAGGAAGUCUGCUGCUAGUGGAACAAAAGAUGAAGAAGAAACUCCAAAGAACGAUAAUGGUGGAGGAAAAAUAGAUAAAAGUGAGGAAGAUGAAAAUGCAGUAGAAACAAGUAGACCUGAAAAAGAGAGAUCAAAGGAAGAUGUAAAAACUGUAGAACCAACACAAACAUCAUCAAAUGAGGAUGAACCAUCGAUCUAUGUGCCAGAAGAAAGUCCAAAGGAGGAUGAAGAAACAGCUUCAUUGCCAAAAGGUGGAAGAGAAAUAGAUAAAGGUUCAGUUUCAGGGAUUCAGUUUAUUUAUAAGGAAACUCAUUUUGUAGAAGAGCCAGUAGAAACAAAUACACCUGAAAAUAACAGGUCAAAGGAAGAUGAUGUGAUACCUGUAGAAUCAACACCAUCACCAUCAAAUGAGGAUGAAACGUCGAUCUACAUGCCAGCACGUGAAGAACCACUAGAUGAAACUCAAAAAUCCCCUCCUGAGUCUGUAGCUGAUGUUCAAGAAUCUCAAAAUAAGCAACCAGAGGAUACAACUGACGAACCAACUGAAGAGGCUGAUGAAAACUCAAAUAACGUUAAUAUAAUGAUGUUGACUGAAACUGCAGUGAAUACCAUGCCUUUUCUGGAAAAACUGUUCCGGUUCAGGCAAGGGCAUGGUAGUAAAUCAAUGCCAAGUUUCGAUGAAGAACAAAAAGAUGAAAAUAGUGAUUGCACGAUGGAGAUAUUUAUGUUUGAGAAGCACGUCAAGGAUUGCCGCCGCAUUAAAAUGCUCAAAACCCUAGAUGAAAAUUCCUUUCACGACGGUGAUUCUUGGGUCGGAAGCAUUGGAAGAUUUUCAUUCCCAACUUGCCGUGACGAAUUUCACAGUAAUGAAUCGUCAAGGACUACCUUAGAAUCUGAUGAGUCUCACAAUAAUGGAAGCGACUCUGAAAAAAGGCACUAAAUAAUACCGUUUAUCAAACAAUUACAAAAAAAAUAUGACAACUGAUAACAAAGAAUCUUCAAAAUCUAUCGUGAAACAGCUGCAUCAAAGUAAAGUAAAAAUGACAAAUCGGUAUAAUUUGGAGGCUUGCAUGCUGAUGGUAGAGAAAUGGAUGGAAUAAAGACCCAGAAAAUGGUAUGAAGGAUGUUUAUUUUGCUUUGGAAUGAGACCUCCGAAAGAUGUUCAUGACAUGGAAAAUUUGGAUCAUCAGUUGAUACGCGAAUCGUCGUAUUUCAUGACCAGAUAUUUGAGAAUAUAAUGUGUGCUUAAAAAAAUUGAAAUAAAACGCAAU